AUGUCUGCUACAAUACUCGGUGUUGACGUGGCAAAGGUGUCGAUGGCAGCUGGUUCAAGCCAUGAUCAGAUCAUGCUUGACUAUUCGGACGACGAUUCUGUCCACAAAAUGGAAGACGACUCGGACGAUGCGUCAUCAAGCGGCCCAGCCUCAGUCUUACGAAGCCUGCAGCUUGAAGGCGGAAACCGAGACUCUCCCAAUAGCUCCAUGACCUCGGGCUCGGUAGCCUCCUCCUCCUCCUCUGCAGAACCAUCAAAGACGAAAAUCACGCUCAAGGUGGAGGCCAAAUCUGAAAGCUCGAACAAUGUAAGCCCGUACAUGUUCUUGAAAGCCUCGACCACCUGCAAACCCAAAUCAUCUAUCCCUCCGAGGCUGUCACCUUCCGAGUAUGCCAGUCAGUGUGUGGCAGCCGCCGAAGCCUCGAGGCUCAACCCGUAUGCCUUGCACGAAGAUGAGCACAAGUUGUUGCAAGACAAGUUAUGUUAUUCUCACGUCACCGUAUAUUUGAACAUACGAAAUGGCAUUCUCCGGCUGUGGACUCGAAAUCCAAGCGUAAGCGUCAACCUCGAUGAAGCUAUCGGUUGUGCAAGAGAUGAGAGAUGGACCCGUCUUGCUUGCUUUGCCUACGAAUGGCUGGUGCGUCGGGGCUACAUCAAUUUCGGAUGCGUCGAACCACCCUACCUCAGCCGAAGUGUCGGCCGUGGCCGUAAGAAGGAAGCAUCACGAGAAACCAUUGUAGUCAUUGGAGGUGGCAUGGCGGGUCUCAGCACCGCACGCCAGCUCACCAACCUGUUUCGGCACUAUCCCGAUCGUGCCCCCCCAAAGAUCAUUGUCCUGGAAGGCCGGGAUCGAAUAGGUGGGCGAAUUUACUCACAUCCACUUACCAGUAUGCGAUCUUCCAAGCUCGCCCCUCAUCAAAGGCCGACGGCUGAAAUGGGCGCCCACAUCAUUGUCGGUUUCGAACGCGGCAAUCCUCUCGACGCCAUUGUUCGUGGGCAGCUUGCUCUUGAAUACCACCUCCUGCGAGACCUCUCCACCCUCUACGACAUUGACGGCACGCCGGUCAACGGUGCGAAUGAUGCCAUGAUUGAAAGAUUAUACAAUGACAUUCUCGACCGGACCGGCCAUUACCGACUCAAGCACACUGUCAAGAGAACUGCACGGGGUGACAAAGAUUUGAUUGAAGCGGGUCGGGAUCCUCCAGAUGAGGACGAAAUCACCAUCAAACAGUUUGAAGAAGCUACUGCCUUGGGCACAAUUGACCAGCUUUUGCCGAAUAAGAAGUCAAAAAGACGUGGCGCAGGCCACCGAGCUGCAAAGGGAGACAAAUCCUCGGAAGAGGUGGAUACAAGCAUGGAAACCAAAGUACAACUCCCCGCGGCCCAAGCAGCCAAGGAGUUUGGCUUCCUGUUGCGCAAGACAACUCCGAUGCAUGAGACGCUCGAAUUAGACGGUCUUGCAUCGCAGCUCAACCAAUCACUCGGCACCCUGAUGAAUGCUGGUGUGGAUCAAUAUCAAAAGUUCCUUGACCUCAAGCCCUAUGCUCUUCGCCUGAUCAACUGGCACUUUGCCAACCUUGAAUACGCCAAUGCUGCCAAUGUCGACAAGUUGAGCCUGCGUGGCUGGGAUCAGGACAUUGGCAACGAGUUUGAAGGAGAACAUGCUCAAGUCGUCGGUGGCUAUCAGCAGGUCCCGCGUGCAUUGUGGCGUCAUCCCGAGCCAAUUGAUGUGCGAACACGAAAGCCUGUCAAGAGCAUUCGGUACAGCGCCGUAGGCUCGCAGGGAAAAGCCACCAUCACCUGCGAGGAUGGGCAAUCUUUCGAAGCGAACAAGAUCGUGUUCGCUGCGCCACUGGGAGUGCUGAAGGAGCAAUCAAUUCAGUUUGAUCCGCCUCUGCCUCAGUGGAAGCGCGACGCCAUCAGGAGGAUGGGUUUUGGCCUACUGAAUAAAGUCAUCCUUGUCUUCGAGAAACCGUUCUGGGAUGUCGGCAGAGACAUGUUCGGUCUCCUGCGAGCUCCACGUAAUGGACAGGGCAACGACCAGAGCGACUACAAAGAAGGCCGCGGUCAGUUCUACUUGUUCUGGAACUGCAUCGACACAAGUGGCCUUCCCGUCCUGAUCGCGCUGAUGGCCGGUGAGGCGGCACACGAGGCCGAACGGCUUGGUGAUGAGGUCCUUGUUGGGCAAUGCCUAGAGCAACUACGCAAUGUCUUUGGUGCCGUCAAUGUUCCAAUGCCAAUGGAGUCAAUUGUUACUCGUUGGGGCUCGGAUCGGUUCGCUCGGGGCACUUAUUCCUAUGUCGCCGCUGAAGCAAGACCUGGCGACUAUGAUCUCAUCGCAGCACCCAUCCAAAAUCUUUUCUUUGCCGGCGAAGCCACCAUCGCCACUCACCCAGCAACCGUGCACGGUGCAUAUUUAUCUGGUCUCCGGGCCGCUCAUGAGGUCUUUGAGUCGAUCGUUGGACCGAUAGCCAUUCCCCCGACGCUUGUUCCCCCGGCCAGCGGAAAGAGAUCGGCCAGUGUGGUCGAACUAAAACUGAUGGACACUCACAUGGCUCAAGCCGGCAAAAGGAAAGGUGACGAACUGCUCCCCGCCGGCACCUUCACACGGCCUGUGAAGGAGAAAGACAACGCUCUGCAUGAAGCAUGGGACGCGGCGAUGUGGGUCCGGAUUUACGAUGAUCUCGGCCCUCCGCCGGUCAAACCACAAAAACUCAAUGUGAAUUCUUUCCUCCUAUACUCUGGAGAGCACUGGGAAGAGGUCAAGACCCGUCUUGCAGAAGAACGGAUGAGGGGUGGCAAGAGAAGCAAGCAAUCCGAGCGUGACCAGGUGCGAGUUGAGCUCGGGAAGAUGUGGGCGGCGCUCUCAGAGGAAGAAAAGAAGCCGUACACUGACCGUACGAACAAGAAUCGCGAAGACAAUGAAAGGGCGAAGCAGGAAUGGUCUGUCAAGGCGGCCGAAUGGGAUCGACGCACGUGGGAAGUCAAAGACGUGUGGAUCAAGGAAGGCAAUAGUUUUGAAGAAUUUUGCAAGCGAAAACGGGAGGAUGAGGCGGCGAUGGACGCCGAAGCUGCAAAGCGAGCAAAGGUCUGA